AUGCAGUCUGACGGCAUUGUCGACUUCUGCCGGGCAUGUCUGGACCAUCUACAUGAUCCAGACAAUCCUCUACCACUCGAAUGGCUCGACGAGUCCUUGCUGCUCCGCAACACGUACAUUGCUGAAAAUGAGCAAGAGGAUCACAAGACAGGCCGACGCUACAGGGUUGGCCAGCUCAACGAAACGCAUACGCAGCAGCUCGACACGUUCAGAGAAGCCACGCUCGACGAGGGAUCGGCUUCCUUGCAAUUGACAUUCUUCUUCGAGCCAGACGAGUCCGUCGAAUCAGGCCGAGCUGUGUUCGCUCAUUCGUCGCUGGCGUACUGCUCAGCAAGCAUCUUGCAUCAUAUCCACCUUGUGCUUCGCUAUCAGCAAGAACUCUUGUCGCCACAGCAGGCGCACGAUCGCGAGCAUUGGCGUCUUUGCGCGCUCUAUGGCGAACAGGACUGCCCGACUUGGCCAGAGGCAGGAACUAUAGAGCAAGCCGAGCAGCGCUACAAUGAGCUCGAGGCGAGCGGUCAUUACAGCAUGGAAGACUACUGGGGCGCCGGAUCGGACGCUGGUACUACUAACGAUGCACCCGAUUCGAGUGAUGAUGCAUUGACCGCCGCCUUCUUGAGCGCCCUCAAGAGCCAUGCAGGUCCCUCAGCAGAUCGCAUGCAUACUAUUGCCAAAAUACAAACGGCACUCGAUCGAGCUCUAGAGCAGUUCUACACAGGCACCUAG